AUGAGGUUCAUCAGUUUCUUACAGACAUGGUCUGUCUGGGAGAUAUUAAUUGUCUUCGCACUGUGCUUCCAACCCUGCAAUGCUGAAUCGCUGGCCGAUCCUGUCGCACCGGGUAGUCUACCGCCACUGGAUGAUUCUACCGCGAUGGAUAAACGCAGUGCAUACAAUAACAGUACUUUGAAGAUACUCGAUAGUCGUGACGGUGAGGGUAAUCACGAGUGGGAAAGUGCCAGAGGAACGUUUCGAGUUGGCGCCAUGAGCGACGACGAUACGUUUAUGAAUCAAGAGACAGGGAUAUACAUGGGUAACGACAAUCCAAACGACAAUUACGGACAUGCCACUGGCUGGGACCGUGACAGAAGGGGCAUUCAAUUCCGAUGUGGAUGUAGCAGGGUGAGAGUGAAAGUGAUGGAAACAGCAUGGCUCAAUAUCAUCACGAUGUUGGAUCACAUGAGGCCUUUCUUGCAACGUCUUCGACAACACUUUCAAAAUCCUAAUCCGGCUGUUCAAUUGUCACCUGAAGAUCGGUCUAGAGUAUAUCUGUUCGAGAUCUUGUAUGGUCGUGACCAACCUGUGCAAAUUAUUGAUCAAAUUGAAGGUCUCUGGCCCGGUAUCCUAUAUGGGACGUCACUGACCAGAUUCAUUUAG